UCUUCCCACCUAAAGUGUUAAUGUAACCAUAAAUGCAUCGCCUCUCCAUUUCUCGUUCAUUGCUCCCUCCCACUCCUGCCCCUUCUUCUGUUCGUGUCUCGGAAACAGAGUUUGGGGUUACAGCAUCCCCCACCCCCACCCCUUCGGUGGUGUCCUGCUAUUGCAUGGUGUUUCUGGUUUUCGAGAACGUGGCUUUGUGAACGAGAAGUGGCAGCGACUGCAGGAAAUGCGGUAUCGGAUUAAAGGGGGGAAAAACAUCUUAUAUGAAAUUUGGGUUCGAUUCCAAAUGGUGUGAAGACCAUCAUUCAGUUUGGGUUUUCACGUUAUUGUUUUGGAAUCGGGGGGAUUUAGUGUUGUGGAAGGAACGAAUAUCCAAAUCCAGAAAUGUCCGAAUUGGUGGCUCGUACAGGUCGUCAGCAGCAACGUUAUGAGGACGGUUGCCGCCUUAUUGCUGGGUGCAUUCCCUUUAAGUAUAGAAGUCCUUCCAAAAGAAGUGAUGGUGCAUCUAAAAAUAUUUUGGAGGUCUUGAUGAUCAGCUCAGCUAGUGGACGUGGUCUUGUGUUUCCAAAGGGGGGAUGGGAAAAUGAUGAGACUGUUGAGGAGGCUGCAGUUCGAGAAGCUGCAGAAGAGGCUGGAGUUCGAGGAGAACUAUUGUCUUUCUUUCAGGAAUUCCUGGGGUAUUAUGAAUUCAAGAGUAAGACCCUGCAAGACGAGUGCUGUCCUGAGGGUUUAUGCAAAGCUGCUAUGUUUGCUUUGCUUGUGAAAGAGGAACUCCAGGUUUGGCCUGAACAAAGCACUCGCAAGAGAAUUUGGCUAACCAUCCCUGAAGCUGUCCAUUCUUGCCGAGAUCAAUGGAUGAGAAGCGCUCUUAAGGAAGGCUUUGUCAGAUGGCAUGAAGAUCAGGGGAUGAGUUCCACAAAGGAGGAUGAGAACCGUGUAAUAUUGACAGAUUCAUCUCUUCACGAAAGUUGAUGAAUUUAGCAGUUGCCCGCAGUUGAUUGGAGUGCUUUCCUCUCUGUGCAGGCUCUAUCUUUGUUCAAGGUUAAAGUACUGCGUUGUUAGUGGGAAUUUAGGUUCUGACGUCCUCUAUUUCUUUUUGUGGGCAUGUGACCAAUUUCAGGAUAACUUUGUAGCACUCUAGAUGAAUCCUAGUGUUUCAUCCAGUCGAAGUUGUCAAAAUGUUAAUAGAAUUUUAAUUACAUGGAAAAUAUUGUUCUCUAGUAAUAUUAUUGAUCAUGUUGCUGAAUAUUAUUCUGCUAGAAAUACGUCCGAGUUAUUGGACGAUUAUACAA